AUGGACCAAGAACCAGAAGCAGGGAUCAUCCAGAACCCCCAUGAACCACUGCACCUAACGACCGACACGGUGCCAACAGAACCACUGCACCUAACGACCGACACGGUGCCAACAGAACCACUGCACCUAACGACCGACACGGUGCCAACAGAACCACUGCACCUAACGACCGACACGGUGCCAACAGAACCACUGCACCUAACGACCGACACGGUGCCAACAGAACCACUGCACCUAACGACCGACACGGUGCCAACAGAACCACUGCACCUAACGACCGACACGGUGCCAACAGAACCACUGCACCUAACGACCGACACGGUGCCAACAGAACCACUGCACCUAACGACCGACGCGGUGCCAACAGAACCACUGCACCUAACGACCGACACGGUGCCAACAGAACCACUGCACCUAACGACCGACACGGUGCCAACAGAACCACUGCACCUAACGACCGACACGGUGCCAACAGAACCACUGCACCUAACGACCGACACGGUGCCAACAGAACCACUGCACCUAACGACCGACACGGUGCCAACAGAACCACUGCACCUAACGACCGACACGGUGCCAACAGAACCACUGCACCUAACGACCGACACGGUGCCAACAGAACCACUGCACCUAACGACCGACACGGUGCCAACAGAACCACUGCACCUAACGACCGACACGGUGCCAACAGAACCACUGCACCUAAACGACCGACGCGGUGCCAACAGAACCACUGCACCUAACGACCGACACGGUGCCAACAGAACCACUGCACCUAACGACCGACACGGUGCCAACAGAACCACUGCACCUAACGACCGACACGGUGCCAACAGAACCACUGCACCUAACGACCGACACGGUGCCAACAGAACCACUGCACCUAACGACCGACACGGUGCCAACAGAACCACUGCACCUAACGACCGACACGGUGCCAACAGAACCACUGCACCUAACGACCGACACGGUGCCAACAGAACCACUGCACCUAACGACCGACACGGUGCCAACAGAACCACUGCACCUAACGACCGACACGGUGCCAACAGAACCACUGCACCUAACGACCGACACGGUGCCAACAGAACCACUGCACCUAACGACCGACACGGUGCCAACAGAACCACUGCACCUAACGACCGACACGGUGCCACAGAACCACUGCACCUAACGACCGACACCAACGAGGAAGGAACUCGCUUUUGUGCUCGAGGAAGCAGCAAAGCCCACGGUCCUCGCAGAAGCAGGAAGGUCUAA